AAGAAAAAAAAAUAAAAGAAGAAGAAAAUUGAUGGCUUGGAUAUUCGGAUAACGUGAGAGUUGUGGUCCAUGGUACGUCUUGGGGUCGGCGAGACAAGGGAGUGGCCUGGAUGACUGAAAAUGGGACCCACCUGGCAGAUCUGCUAAUUGCAAGCCCCACUAUAUAUUGGUGCAGCAAAAGCUGCAAAACCCCACCACUCUCUUUCUCAGAUUCUCAUCGCCUUUGCUUUUCUAGACAGAAAAACCAGAAUCAGCAGAAGAAGAAAAGCUAUAUUCACGGCUUCAAUGGCGAUAGGCUCCGGAGGAUCGAGUAUCGUUGUUCCUCGGAACUUCAGAUUGUUGGAGGAGCUCGAACGCGGUGAGAAGGGUAUUGGAGAUGGUACAGUUAGCUACGGAAUGGAUGAUGGUGAUGACAUUUAUAUGCGUUCUUGGACGGGUACCAUAAUUGGUCCUCACAAUGUAUGUCUUUGUUUCUUUAGCAUCUUUUUAUAUUGUUGUGAUGAUUCCAGCCCAUCAAGGUUAUCAGGCUUUCUGAUGUGUGCUUCUAUAUACCAGUAGGCUUUAUUUCCUUUUUGCUCAUUCAUCACCUUACUACAAAGUACAAACUGAUAAAUUUAUCUUUUCCUUUGCUUC